AUGAUUCAAGACCAUGAUAUCUUACUACUCACCGAGACAUGGCUUAAACCAGAUGAACCAUUCUACAUCAACAACUACAACAUAGUAAGGAAAGACCGACAAGAUGGCGCCGGCGGAGGAAGCUACAAGAACUCGGCUCAAGGCAAAGAACUCCUCGAAACUAUUACCGAGGCAGACCUUUGCAUUCUGAAUGACGGAUCCCCCACAAGGGUAACAAACCCUACUACAAACAAAUCUGCAGUAGACCUCACCAUUGUUUCACCUGAACUACUAAGCUACAUUAACUGGAACGUCUCUGAAGACCCCGGAAGAAGCGAUCACUACCAAAUUCACAUCUCCAUGGGCGUAGCCCUAGACACAUACCAAUUUUUUACCCAUAAACUAAACCUCUCUAAAAUAUGCUGGGAAACGUUUGAUGAUAUCCUCACCCAGAAAGUUGAAGCCAUCAUCACUGAAGACAAUCUGAAUGUCUCACCGACCUACGAAGAAAUAAUCACCAUCAUCAAAGACUCCCUCUCAGCGGUGACGAAAACAAGAGACUCUAGGAAGGAAAGUGCCAGUGCCAAUCAACACACGUCAUCUCCAAAAAAUAACCCCAAGACUAGAAAAAUUCGUACUCCUGCCCCGUGGUGGAACGAAGAAUGCUCCAAAGCCCUGGAAGAAAGAAAGUCAGCUCUCCAAUUCAUGAAGCGUACAUUAACGGUGGAGAGCUAUGAAAACUACAACAAAAUAAGCGCGUUAACGAAGAAAACAUUCCAGAAAGCCAAACAAAAUGCUUGGCGGGAAUAUACUGCGUCUCUCAACAGCACUACCCCCAUAGCCAUGGUCUGGAAAAAAUUUCAAGCCUUCAAAAAUAAAAGAUUAUCCACUCCGUACACACUCCCGAGACAAGAGCUCUCAGUUGAACAAAAAAAGCUCGAAUCCAUUGAAAGCUACUACCAGGAAAGCCGAAUAAACUCAGACAGCUCAAUAGCACAGGAGCUAUUCCAUCAAGACACCUCCGAAGCUCCCCAACCAUCAGCACCCAAUUUUCCAGACUACGAAAUUUCUUUAACAGAACUAAACUCCGCCAUACGGCGAAGUAAAUUAGGAACAAGCCCAGGACUUGAUCAACCCUGUUUAAAAAAAAAGCGCAAACUAUACUUUGUGACCAAUAGCGGCCUAACAGAACCGCAGGAGGUAAACUCCGGAGCGGGUCAAGGACUGGUAUCAGCUCCCCUGCUGUUCACUCUCUACACGGCAGAUGGUAACAAACAUAUACACUCUUCCAGCAGCAUAGCAGAAUUUGCUGACGACAAAGCUAUAAGAUGUAGGAACAAAAAUUUACAAUAUGCAGUCGACGCUUUACAAGCCUCCCUAGACAGCUACAACGCAUACCUCGAAAGUCUGGACUUGGAUCUCUCUCCCGAAAAAACAAAAAUAGUAGUUUUCUCACUCAUCGACUUUAACCCCCAGGACAUAGUCUUUGCAAUUAAGAACAUACAUAUCAGGCCAUCUACAUCUGCUAAAUUCCUUGGUAUGACACUGGACCAGAAACUAACAUUCGACGAACACUACAAUAACCUCAUCUCAAGAAUCAACAAAGUCAACCCCCUCAUUAAAGCUAUGUGUGGAACAAAAUGGGGAGCGGCUCCAGCAACCCUUCUAAAUAUCUACAGGGCACUGAUCAGGACAAAAAUCGAGUACGGAUCUCACAUAAUGAACACAACCUCCAGUAAAUCAUUCAAAAAACUGGAAAAAAUCCAAAAUAAAGCCAUCAGAACAUGCAUGGGCCUUCGGAUAUCGACCCCAAUCAACUCAAUGAUGGCAGAGGAAAAUGAAAUCUCUCUAAAAAUCAGACUUAAAGAUCUCUCCGAUCGCUACAUACUAAGAUCUAUAAGUGUCUCCGAUAAUCCGGUCAUUCAAACCCUGACAAAAUUGAAGGGUAGUAUAACCCAAAAUAAAGCCAAGCACAAAGAAAAGGCCAUCAACCGCACAGUUGAGUUCCUCAAGGAAGUUGGGAAAGAGAAAGGAGUACAUUAUUUUAGCUACAUCUUCAAGGAAACUAAAAAACCCUGGUUCGCUGAGUAUGACAUGCUCAGGAAAGCACAUUCGAAGUUUGUGUUUCUGCUGGUUGAUACUGUCGAAAAGCAGCGUACUGUCCUGAUGUUAAUCGACGAGCCGGGAGAUAAUCUGGAGGACCUGGUUGGCGUUCCUGAUCUUCCCCGUCUUGGAAUACAGGUGAACUCGAAUCAACUCCCGCACGACCUGUUCUUGUAUGAAUUUCCCGUGCGAGACGUUCGCGUAGUUGACGUAUUUCUUCCUCAAGUUAUUCUCGAUGGUUUAGUUCUCGACGUAGCCGUUCUUCUAGCUCUUGUUCACGUUGAGCAUGUUCCCGACGUGCCUGUUCGAGUAGGGCAAGUUCAAGUAUUUCUCGUUGUCCCCUUGCUUCUUCGACCUGUCGAGAUUCUCCUCGUAGUUGACGUUGUAGCCGAAAGAGAUCUCGAUCCAUGUAAUUCCUGA